AUGUCUUCUUCAAACUUCUUAGUUUUCUCUCUAGCUCUACUAAUCAUGACACUCUCCUCCAUACCAAAAUUUUCUUUUGCUUCUAUGGAGGAAGCAAAUGCUCUUCUUCAAUGGAAAACAACCCUUCAAAUCCCAAACAACUCGUUGCUCUCUUCAUGGAUUCCUCUCCCUCUGAAUUCCAGUGCAUCGGUUCCAUGCAAUUCUUGGUUUGGAGUGGUUUGCAGUGCUGAUGGGAGCAUUCAAAAGUUGAAUCUCAGUUCAUCUGGAUUAAAUGGUACGCUUUACCGAUUUUCAUUCUCUUUGCUACAAAAUCUCACACAUUUUGUUCUCAGUGUAAACAAAUUCUUUGGCCCCAUCCCAUCACAAAUUCAACUCCUGUCCAAACUUGUGUAUAUUGAUUUUUCAGAGAAUAUGUUUUCUGGAGUAAUUCCACCUGAAAUAGGGAUGCUAGCCAGUCUUGAGACCCUAUACCUAGUUCAAAAUAAAUUGAUUGGUUCAAUACCACAAGAAAUCGGCCAGCUAACCUCUCUCUAUGAGCUUGGAUUGUAUGAUAACUAUCUUCAAGGAGAAUUGCCUCCAACAUUGGGAAAUUUGACAAAAUUGUCUUAUCUGUAUCUCUAUAAUAACAGUUUACGUGGUCCUAUACCUACUCAACUUGGGAAUUUGAAGUCACUCAUGGAACUUGUGGUGAGAGACAAUCAAUUUAUAGGUUCUAUUCCUUCAUCACUAUCAAACCUGAGCAACCUACAAUAUCUGUACCUCUAUCGCAAUAAUUUAUCUGGUCCCAUUCCUAUUGAACUUGGGGAUUUGAAGAAUCUCAUUGAUCUUCAGGUGAGUCAUAAUCAGCUUAGUGGUUCUAUUCCUUCAUCACUAAAAACCCUGAGCAACCUACAGACUUUGUACCUCUUUGAGAAUAAAUUGUCUGGUCUCAUUCCUAUUGAGCUUGGGGAUUUGACGAACCUCUUUGAUCUUCAACUGAGCUACAAUCAACUUAGUGGUUCUAUUCCAUCAUCACUAGCAAACCUCAGCAACUUACAGUAUCUAUACCUCAAUGGGAAUAGAUUAUCUGGUCCAAUUCCUACUGAACUUGGGAAUUUGAAGUCUAUUAUUGAUCUUGAGGUGGGCGACAAUCAACUUAGUGGUACUAUUCCUUCAUCACUAACAAAGCUGAGCAAACUACAGUGGUUGUAUCUCCACCAAAAUAAUUUUUCUGGUCCCAUUCCUAGUAACCUUGGAAAUUUGAAAUCACUGAAUGGUCUUCGGGUGAACAAAAAUCAACUUACUGGUUCUAUUCCUUCAACAAUGGGUGAUUUGACAUCUUUGAAACAACUUUAUAUGCACCGCAAUCAGCUCUCUGGUCCCAUUCCUUCUGAACUUGGCAAUUUGAAGUCUCUCACCGAUCUAGCAUUGAACGACAAUCAACUUAGUGGUUCUAUUCCUUUGGAGUUUAGAAAUUUAAGUCAAUUACAAAGGCUUAAUUUGUCUUCGAAUUAUUUGAUUGGUAAUAUUCCAAUGGAGUUUUCGAAGAUGAAAAGUAUGUUGUAUUUGUACUUGUCUGAUAACCAACUUUCAGGUUUUAUGCCUCCAGAGCUCGGAUCACUCCGUGAUCUCCUUGAAAUAGAUCUAUCAACAAAUAGACUGAAUGGGUCGAUACCAAUAAGUAUUGGGAAUUGGGUAAACAUCUACUACUUGAAUCUUAGUGAUAACAAGCUCCAUGGAAAUAUCCCAUCUGAGAUUGGUAACUUACGUCAACUUACGAAAGUUGAUUUAUCUCAUAAUUUGCUCAUUGAAGAGAUACCCUCAGCAGUUCAAAGUUUGCAAAGUUUGGAAGAAUUGGAUUUUUCUCACAAUAAACUAUCAGGUUCUAUUCCAAAUGCUUUUGCAAGUUUGCCUAGUUGGAUUAGUAUCGAUUUAUCUUACAACGAGCUCACAGGUCUAGUUCCCCCUAGCUUUAACUUUGUGAAUGCGUCUCUACAAGGCAAUGCAGGUUUGUGUGAAAAUUUUUCAGGACUGAAACUUUGUCCAAGCCAAAUUACAAAAAAUAAAAACGAUCAUUUUCAUCAUAAGCUCAUACUAGUAAUUAUGCUCACUCUUAUCGGGGCUGUGUUACUUGGUUUAUUCACGUAUGGCCUCGUUGCUUAUCGAAAACAAAAGAAAAAUUCUCCACAGAAACCGGUGGACAAUGAAAGUGGUGAUUAUUUCUCAGUUACAAGUUUUGAUGGAAAAGUAGUGUAUGAUGAUAUCUUCAAAGCAACAAAUGAUUUCGAUGAAGCAUACUCUAUUGGGACUGGAGGAUAUGGCAUCGUUUACAAAGCCGAGCUACAACCUAACAAUGUGGUAGCUGUCAAGAAACUUCACUCAUCACCUGAGAAUGUCGAUCACAAUGGCUUCCAUAAUGAGGGAAGCCUUGGAUCAAUCUUGAGAAGCGAUGUCUUAGCAAAAGAAUUGGAUUGGUUGAAAAGGGUAAAUAUUGUAAAGGCUGUAGCUAAUGGUUUGGCUUAUAUGCAUCACAACUGCUCACCUCCAAUAAUUCAUAGAGACAUUUCCAUAUCCAACAUCCUUCUUGAUUCUGAUUAUGAGGCACAUAUUUCUGAUUUUGGCACGUCCAAGCUUUUAAAACUAGACUCAUCAAACUGGACUGCAAUUGCUGGCACCUAUGGUUAUAUCGCGCCAGAGCUUGCUUAUACGAUGGUGGCAACGGAGAAAUGUGAUGUGUAUAGCUUUGGUAUUGUUGCACUUGAAGUGAUCAUGGGAAAGCAUCCCGGUGAACUACCAACAUUGUCUGUUGAUUAUUUGUUGUUAGCAACUAUUGGUGAUACUCGGAUAUCUCCUCCCUCAUCCCAUGUUGAGAAACAAGUUAACUCAGUACUGAGACUCUCAAGAGCAUGUUUGAACUCCAAUCCACAUGAAAGACCAACAAUGCACCAAGUUUCAAAUUUGUUAAUGAAUGACGGAUUUUCUUUGAAUUGACAUCUCUGGUUGCCUGAUAUAGUGUACUUCCAAUGUUUAAUCUUCUCAAGUUUCCUAUAUUGUAUCCUGAUAAUAUGUAUUACAGUAUUAGUUAGAAUGCUUAAUUUUAAGAAACUUUUCAUAUGUUUUAUUAUAGCACCCUGUAUAUAUAGUAUAUAUUUGUAAUGUGGAGAGGUGUAGAGUGUGUAUGUGAUCGUGUUUGGGGAAAGAAAUGAAAAAUAAUUGCUUCAAAAUUCUCAUAGAUUUGGGCC